AUGAAAAGGUGUUGCGUUUUCAAACAUGAAAUACUUUGGAUUUCGAUGUGAAAGGCCAAACUAAAUUUGUUCUAUAUGGUGAUAUUUAUUUAGGCCAUAGUCCGAUCGAUUCACAUGUUUAUUUUUUUCAUCAAAAUAAUCCUGGUUGAAAGGUCAAAAUGUCAUGAUAAAAUAGCAAAUAGCUCAAGAUGUAACAAUUAGUCGAGCGAUGCACCUGUCCUUUCGAUGCAUUUUCUCCACACGUACAACAACACUCAGGUAUGAAAGUGUAAGGGAACUUCCACCUUUCACUUUUGGAACACCUUGCAGACUCGUUGUAUAAAGGAUCGACACAGGUUGGAGCAUGGCAGAACUUGGGUGGCAGAACUGGUAUUGAUCACUUUAUCUCUUUAUCCGUUGCGGAAAACUUACCUUGUCGGAAUUAUACGAAGAAGUCUAUCUUUCGGAAGUGCAUCAACGUUGAUAGCGGACAGACCGAGAACUACAGUAGACCUACGCUAAAAUGGGUUCAAUCAGCUUUUGGAUGUGCUUGGUCAUGACGAUUUGCACCUGGAAUAAAACCAUCGGAUGCACAUGGAUGAAGACACUGCCUCGGUCUCCGAGCAUGUUCCAAGUGUUCAGCAACAACACCAUAACGAUGCUUCAGAAAAUGGGUCAUGAAGUCUCUCGAGGACCUCAGAUCACUUUCCCUGACAAACAAUACAGACAAGUCAAUAAUUUCAAGUCUGACGAACAGAUUGCCUUCAUUUCGCAUACUCUGAACGCUAUAAAGAAAUUGUACAGCAGUGGUAAAUAUGAGUCCACCGCCUGGGACCAGAAAGGAGUUGACAAGUUUAUGAAUGACCUCUAUCGCCAGACCUCGGAGCUGGACCAAUGCGUAAAGGCUAUGAAAACUAGACUAUCAAAAUCUGUCAACAGAGUGAACAAAAAGAUGAGCCUUCACUUCAAGUUCCUGAAGCAUUACUUGAAACGCGAGGAUUACAGCGCAAUCGGCUGGGAAGACAUAAGGACAGUGGUGCUGGCACACCUACAAAGACUAGACACAACAUUAAGUAGCCAAUGAGCGUUAU